AUUCCCCCACUUAUCCCCCCUCCCUUUUCUAUCCAAAGUUCACAACUUAUUUUUAAAAGUCUGUGCGCGGGUGCGCCGGCUUUUGUUUGAUUAGUCUAGCAGUAGCAAAAACUGAACAUGCAACAAUUACAAAAGAUCAUCCGCACGGUGCAUCGACCCCUUUUACGGGCUUCCUCGACAGCUGCCAAGACCGAACCAAAUGCGAGUUCUUCGUUAGGCUACAACUUCGCUUUAAGCGACACUCAGACCGAGGUGCAGGAGUUAGCACGCAAAUUUACACGGGAGGAGAUCACUCCGAUGGCGGCACACUACGACAAAACCGGCGAGUUUCCCUGGCCCAUCUUCAAAAAGGCAUGGUCCCUCGGGCUGGCGAACGGCCACAUACCGGCCGACUGCGGUGGUCUCGAACAGUCCGUAUUCGACCUCUGCCUGGUGGCCGAGGAGAUGGCGUUCGGAUGUACGGGCAUAGGAGUGGCGAUCGGAGGCUCCGGACUGGCCCAAACGCCGAUAGUGCUCGCCGCGAGUCCCGAGCAGAAGAAGAAGUACCUCGGGCGGCUGAUCGAGGAGCCCUUAAUCGCGGCGUACUGUGUUACGGAACCGGGCGCCGGGUCGGACGUGAACGGGGUCAAGACCAAGGCGGAGAAGAAGGGAGACGAGUGGAUUUUAAACGGGCAAAAAAUGUGGAUAACCGGUGGAGGGGUGGCUAAUUGGUACUUCGUAUUGGCGCGCACAAAUCCCGACCCGAAGGCGCCCGCGAGUCGCGCCUUCACCGCUUUCAUCGUGGAGCGCGAUUGGCCCGGAGUAACGGUCGGUCGAAAGGAAAUUAACAUGGGCCAGAGGGCGUCCGACACGCGCGGCAUAACCUUCGAGGAUGUCCGCGUUCCCAAGGAAAACGUGAUUAUGGGCGAAGGCGCCGGUUUCAAAAUCGCCAUGGGAGUGUUCGACAAAACGAGGCCUUUGGUGGCGUCCGGAGCGACUGGUCUCGCGAAUCGCGCCCUGUACGAGGCGAGCAAGUACGCCACGGAACGGAGGACGUUCGGCGUGCCGAUCGCCAGUCACCAAGCCAUAGCGUUCAUGCUAGCCGAUAUGGCGAUCGGCGUGGAGACAUCGCGCCUGCUGUGGAUGAAAUCGGCGUGGAUCGUCGAUCAAGGUCAACGAAACUCGUACGAGGCCUCCAUCGCCAAGUGUUUUUCCGGCGACGUUGCGAAUAAAAACGCGGCGGACGCGGUGCAGAUCUUCGGCGGGAACGGCUUCAAUACCGAAUAUCCCGUAGAGAAACUGAUGCGAGACGCGAAGAUUUAUCAGAUUUACGAGGGCACCUCACAAAUUCAACGGCUGGUUAUUUCGCGCCAUCUUCUGGACUCGAUUAAAAAGUCAAAUUAACAACACCAGAUAAGAUUCCCUAUUAAUUUUGACUUCUGACCAACCAAUGAAUAUGUUUAUUUUUUUAUCUAACGUAAUAUAUAAGAGAUAUUUUAUACACUCAUUAAACUGCUGUUCAUCCC